UUAGAGCUCUUCCUCGUCCAGGUCAUACACCGCCGAAAAGAGGGCGAAGCCUCUCUAUCUCUUGUUCUACGGUAAGUCUCACGGUUCACCAUUGUCUUCUUCGUGCGGCUUCUCUUGAUAACUCGAUCUGAUUUCUUGCACUGAAUUUUUUUCUUUCUGAACGUCGCUUCCCCGCCGAUUGUGCCAGUUAUUCCUUUGCUGCUGCUUGAAUUGAACGACAAAAAAUGGCUUCCAAGUUCUGGACACAGGCCGGUGCUUCUGAUUCCGAUGAGGAAGAGGAGCAGAGCGAGUACGAAGACGAAAUCGAAGACGGAGCCGGCGGUGGAGAUCCCUCGGCCGCCGACGCGAAGAAUAGGUAUCUGAGGGCAACCGACACGGAUAGUGACGACUCCGAUGGCCAGAAGCGUGUGGUUAGGUCGGCCAAGGACAAACGGUUCGACGAAAUGGCGUCUACUCUCGAGCAGAUAAAAAAUGCGAUGAAGAUUAACGAUUGGGUGAGCUUGCUGGAGAGUUUCGAUAAAAUUAACAAGCAGCUGGAGAAAGUCAUGCGGGUGACUGAAGCUGUCAAGGUUCCGAGCCUAUACAUUAAGGCACUGGUGAUGCUGGAGGAUUUCCUGAACCAGGCCAUGGCUAAUAAAGAGGCCAAGAAAAAGAUGAGCAGCAGUAAUGCGAAGGCGCUGAACUCGAUGAAGCAGAAACUGAAGAAGAACAACAAGCAGUAUGAGGAUAUGAUUACCAAGUAUAGGGAGAAGCCUGAGAGCGAGGAGGAGGCUGAUGAGGAUGACGAAGAUGACGACGACGAUGGGUCAGACACUUUUGCUGAGGAUGUUAACGCCAUGUCGGACGAGGAUGAAGAGGAAGAUGAUGGGAAGGACGAUGAGGAAGUUGAGGGCGAGGGUGGUUGGGAGAAGAUGUUGAGCAAGAAGGAGAAGCUCAUGGAUAAGCAGUUCGCCAAAGACCCUAGUGAAAUUACUUGGGAUGUGGUGAACAAAAAGUUCAAAGAAGUUGUUGCAGCUCGUGGUAGGAAAGGCACCGGGAGGUUCGAGCAGGUUGAGCAGUUAAGUUUCUUGACUAAGGUUGCCAAGACCCCUGCCCAGAAACUUGAGAUUCUCUUCAGUGUGGUGUCUGCUCAGUUUGAUGUAAAUCCAGGGCUAAACGGUUACAUGCCUAUAAAUGUGUGGAAAAAAUGUGUGCAGAAUAUGUUGGUUAUCCUCGAUAUUGUUUUCCAGCAUAGAAAUAUAGUUGUGGAUGAUAAGGUUGAGCCGGAAGAGAAUGAAACGCAGAAGGGAGCAGACCACGAGAGUACUAUUCGUGUUUGGGGAAACUUGGUCGCCUUCCUUGAGAGAAUUGACGUGGAGUUCUUCAAGAGCUUGCAGAGCAUUGACCCUCAUACCCAUGAGUAUGUUGAUAGGCUGCAAGAUGAGCUUAUGUUUUUGGUUCUUGCUGAAAACGUUCAGGAAUAUCUUGAGCGAGCUGGCGACUAUAAAGCAGCAUCAAAGGUUGCUUUGAGGCGGGAGGAACUGGUGUACUACAAGCCACCAGAAGUUUUUGACGCUAUGAGGAAGCUGUCUGAACAAAGUGAAGGCGGGGAAACUGGUGAGGAAAAGGCAGAAGAGAGUAGAGGACCACCUGCAUUUGUUGUUGUUCCUGAGGUGGUGCCUCGGAAGCCCACUUUCCCUGAGAAUAGUAGAACAAUGAUGGACAUGUUGGUGUCUCUCAUAUACAAAUAUGGUGAUGACAGGACAAAAGCUCGAGCGAUGCUUUGUGAUAUCUAUCACCAUGCUCUCCUGGAUGAGUUUUCCAAUGCUCGUGAUCUGUUGUUGAUGAGUCACUUGCAGGAUAACAUUCAGCAUUUGGACAUUUCUACUCAGAUCCUGUUCAACAGGGCCAUGGCACAGCUUGGUUUAUGUGCAUUUAGGGUUGGGCUAAUCACUGAAGCUCAUGGUUGCCUCUCUGAACUAUAUUCUGGUGGAAGGGUAAAGGAGUUGCUCGCCCAAGGUGUGUCCCAAAGUCGAUAUCACGAGAAGACCCCAGAACAGGAGAGGUUGGAAAGGAGACGCCAGAUGCCAUACCACAUGCACAUCAACCUCGAACUUCUGGAAGCCGUCCACCUCAUCUGCGCCAUGCUCCUCGAGGUCCCCAACAUGGCAGCCAACACUCACGACUCCAGGCGCCGACUCAUCAGCAAGACAUUCAGGCGUCUUCUCGAGAUCAGUGAGAGGCAGACUUUCACUGCCCCUCCCGAGAAUGUUCGCGACCACGUGAUGGCCGCAACUCGAGCCCUCACGAAGGGAGACUUCGUCAAAUCGAUUGAGGUGAUCGAGUCCCUCGACAUCUGGCGCCUCCUUAAGAACAAAGAGGCCGUCCUCGGAAUGCUCAAGUCCAAAAUCAAGGAGGAAGCUCUCAGAACCUAUCUCCUGACCUACUCCUUGUCCUACAACUCGAUGAGCUUGGAGCAGCUGAUGACCAUGUUCGACUUGUCGAGGGCCCAGACCCACAGCGUGGUGAGCAAGAUGAUGAUCAACGAGGAGCUGUACGCAAGCUGGGACCAGCCGACGGAGUGCGUUGUGUUCCACGACGUCGAGUACUCGAGGCUGCAGGGUCUGUCGUUCCAGCUGACCGAGAAGCUGUCGGUGCUCGCGGAGAGCAACGAGAGGGCCAUGGAGUCUGGUGGUGGCGGCGGGAUGGAGCUACCGAUGCGGAGAAGGGACGGGCAGGACUAUGCCAAUGCUGCUGCCGGCGGGGGCAAGUGGCAGGAUAACUACAAUCAGCAGGGAGGAAGACAAGGUGGCGGUGGCCGUUCUGGAGGGUAUGGUGGCGGCGGGAGAUCUGGUCAAGGUGGUGGUAGAGGCAGCGGGUAUAACAGAGGGAGCCAGGUACGAGGAGGCGGCGGCUCUCGUUAUCAGGAUUCGUCGGCGUAUGGAGGUGGCGGCGGAUCACGGAGGACGGCUAGUUCAGCCGUGAGGGGCUCUCCGAUGGAUGGUUCUACCCGAAUGGUCAGUCUGAAUCGCGGAGUUCACGCUUAAACGAAUCGAGCCAAGCCUAUCAAAUUUUUCUUCCCCUCAGGUGAGAACUAAGUUUUGCGAUUUGAGUUUUGGGCUGCAGCCCUACUGUGUUUCCCGUUGAGGUAAACUUGAAAUCAGGUAGCAGCGCAGGAGGCAUUUACCCCCUCUUUCCUUGGAGAAUAAUUUAAAUUUGUUAGAUUCUUGAACUGUUCUUAGAACUUGUUGUCUCUUUUUGGUUGUAAGGUACACAUUUUUUAAUGGACA